AUCAAGAUGGCCGCGCCCAUGGAUUUCAAUAUUCCGUAUUGUGAAAAAUCUGUUUUGAUGGAGAAAAUAAAGAUGGCACAUAAGUUGGGUUAUGAAGGAGUUGCCAUCAACUUUAUGCUACCAGAGAAGGCGCUUUUUGGUGGUGGCAAGAAAAAGAAAAAACAGGCUGACGAGGAAACACUUAUUAUUCCACCAGAGAAUCUAAAGCUGUCAGAGGAGGAAUUAAAGAGCUUGAUUGGUCCUACAAGAAAACCAUUCAAACAGUUGUCAAGAAUUACUGCUGUGUUAACUGAUGCAGCAAACAACUACGGCUUUGGUACAGAUCCAAUACAAAACUACGACUUGAUAGCAGUGAAGCCUACCUCGGAUAAAACAUUUCAUCAAGCUUGUUACAAGUUGAAUGUUGACCUCAUCACCAUCGAUGUUACAGAAAAACUCAACUACAAGAUCAAACGGACAACUAUAAAUGCAGCUGCACAGCGAGGCAUAAAGUUUGAGAUUCAGUAUGCCCCCGCCAUCAGAGAUUCCACAUUACGGAGAUACUUCAUUGCAAAUGCUCAACAGCUUGUCUUUUUGGAUAAAGGAAAGAAUGUCCUUUUAACGAGUGGCUGUGAAAGGGCCAUGGAACUGAGGGGCCCUUAUGAUGUUGCUAAUCUAGGUAUAUUGCUGAACCUGAAUGAAGCUCAAGCCAAAGAUGCCAUCACAGCCAACUGUAGAGCUCUUUUAGCUCACUGUGAAUCUAGAAGACUGUACAAGUCAGUGAGCAAGGUUGAAAAAUUGUCUGAUGUACCAAAAGAGGAUGCCUGGCUGCUAGAGAAAGUGAAAAUAUACAAACCAGAUGACAAACACCAUGCUAGCAACCUUGACACAGCUUCUGGUAUCCAUGGUGACAGAUCAAGUGACGAGUGCUCAGAUUCGGAGCCUGCUGUUAAGAAAAUGAAAGUUGAAAACACUUGAAUGUUACAUGUUACUGAUUAUUAAGAUUUAUAUAAUAGUCAUAUUGUUAGGGACGUCUAUCUAUAAACAGUAAAUAUCAGAGUGUUUUCUUCGCCUUUGUCUACUAUGAGAUAUGUUGCAUGCAGAAUACAAUGAAAUUCAAUUAUUGGCAUGCCAUUUAUUGAACAAUGCCCUUGACAAGAUGUUACAACACAAUAACUUCACCAACUACCCUUAUGAUUUAAUCAAACUUGGUGUAGUGUGUUAUAAAAGCAGUUUUAUGCAACUUUGCAGUCUUUAUUAGGAAAAAUAAAAUGAAAAUUAAAAAACUUA